AUCUAAUUUUUUAGAGAAGCUGCUGCGAGCUCUUCAUAAGGAUCGCCACCACUCCCUUGAGCACUACAGGAAUAUGGUUGAGCUGACCCCUGAUCAAGCUGACAGACAGAAAGAGGUCACACUGAUGCAUCUUACAGACAUUGACAGGAUCGUGAAUGAGAGUUUAGGAUUGCUAGAUCGGUUUCCAGAUCUCAGGAUUAAACCCUGUCUUGUUUAGGAUCGUGAAUGAGAGUUUAGGAUUGCUAGAUCGGUUUCCAGAUCUCAGGAUUAAACUUCUCCCGCUCAUGGAAGACUUUUUAAUCGAACUCAGGUCUAAGGAUGAUACCCCCGCCCCUAGGUUCUCUAUGGAUAGAAAACAAGAGGAGAAAAUACUGGACAGUUUCAAGGAUAACGUGGUUCAUAGGAUUCAAGAGCAGGAAGAGAAAAUGAAGGAGGAGAAGAAGAAGAGAACGGAAAAGAAGAAGAUGGAGGAAAAAAUGGUGGGGGACAAGGAGAAGAUAUUGAAUGAAGAGAACAUGAGAAAGGAGAAGAAUAUGUUGGUUCGAAGAAGGAAAAUUGAUCUUCCCGUAGUUCCUGGGUUUGAUACCGGAGCUAAGAGGGACGAGUACUCUAGAUGGGACGACGGACUGAUGGACGAGUAUAGCAGGAUGGACGAAUACAGUGCCUUGAACAAGGUUGAGGUUGAGGUGGAGGAUAGGGUGGUCAACAGUAACGCCCAAGCACAUAAGCUCAUACACGAUCAAUUGGAUUUCUCUGUGUCGGGGAGUACUCCUGCUCCUGUAAACGGAUACCUCCAUUAUAUUCUCCUGGUUGGAGGUGGAACUGCUCUCAUUGUUCUACUCGGACUAGUCGUCUUCAAGCGCAGGCGCAAUAACAAUAUCCGCUCACAUCAGGGUUUCCUUGAGGUUCCCCAGUUCUCUUGUCCCGAGGAAAAACAUCUCUCAUCAAUGCAGGCGAGCGGUUAUGAGAACCCAACAUACAAGUAUUUUGAAGCAAGUGUGGCUUAAACAUACUUCCUUUCAAUUCGUUCCACUCAUAAAAAUUAUUUUUUAAUUUUUGCAAAAACUUUUAUGCUAAAAAAAUCCAAAAAAAUUCUUGCUUCUUUACUAACAACUGAUUAUGUUUUUUUAAUGAUAUCAAAUUAAUUAAAAAGAUUAUUUAAUAAAAAUUAUGAUCUGAUUUUUUUUAAUGUGCCAUUUAGUACUGUAGUGUAAAAUACUGAUAGUUAAGUAAUUUUGUUUUCAACCCUUAAAAUUUUUUUUAAAGAAGAAAUAUCUAAUUUUUCAAAUAAUAAAACAGCUCUGUUUAAAAUGUUAGAACUCUUUUUUCCUAAAUCCGACAGUUUGCAUUCUUGGCAAAUAUUGUAUUUCCACAAAAAUAGCUUUAAAUCUAUACUAUUCUUGAAAAUGUAUAUUUUAAAAUAUUUGGAUUUAGAAUUCAAUUAUUCUUUUACGCACUAUGAACACAUAGACCUAUAAAAUAAAAUUUUAUUUCCGCCUCAAAUCCUUUAUAUUAAGUUAUCUACAAUUGUGCCAAAUAAAAGGAUCAGCUGUCCUUCAAUGUUAUUUUUUU